AUGGCCGUUCCUAGGACGAGGGCCGCGGUGGCCCUCCUGGGUCCCUCGAAACGGCCCCUCCCCUGUUUGCUCUGCCAGUGGCAUCGCACCAUCUCCACAACCCCUAGUUACUCUCUCCCCGACCCUAAGCCGUCAACGACGAAGACGGGCAAGCCCGACACCCCGGCUCCGGCUCCGGCCCCGACUGCCUCUGUCCGAGCUGAACAUGUCCCCGCCGGCGCGGCUAUCAACGCGCCGAGAUCCUACGGCAAGCGCCUUGAGGACUUCACUCCGGAGCCUCUUCCCCGACCCAUUGGCAUGCCCCACCCUCCCAUGCCUGGGGAGAAUACCGGCAUUGAUCUGCGAUCCAUAAAAGAACGGCGUGAUGACUUUGUGAACUACGACAAACAUCUUAUCCGGCGUCAGGAGCUUAAAGAAAAGAUCUCACGUCCUUACUUCCGCGACUGGACCAACCUCCAACACCACGACGGCAAAUCCUUCAUCGCCCCUCCCCGCCUCUUCCGCGCCGACAAGGCCCUCUACUUCCCCAACCUCCACGGCCAGACCCUCCACAAGGACGGCGCCGAGCGCGACACCACCCCGCAGCUCUGGGGCCGCGCCUCUGUCAUCGCCGUCUUCAGCAGCCAAUGGGGCGAGGAGCAAGUCAACUCCUUCAUCUCCGAGAAAGCGAACCCGGCUUUAGCGGAGGUGCUCGCGAGCGAUCCCAUCCACGGACAGGUCGUUAGGGUGAACGUUGAGGAUAACUCGAUGAAGGCGUGGCUCGUGACGAUGUUCAUGGGAUCUCUGAGGCGAAGGUUGGGAGAGGAGAAUUGGGGGAGGUAUUUCCUUGUGAGGAAGGGCGUUAGCGAUUACAUCAAGGAGUCAAUCGGUUUGCUUAACGGCAAGGUCGGAUACGUCUAUCUUGUCGAUCCUCAGUGCAGGAUACGGUGGGCGGCUAGCGGACCUAGCUUGCCGGAUGAGAAGGAGGGCCUCGUCAAGGGCCUUAGGAAACUCGUCGGGGAAGCUCGCGAAGUUGCGGAGCAGAUGGCCGCCGAGAAGAAGACUGCAGAGCAAGCUCAGCUCGCGGAGGGCAACCCUACAGAGGCAAAUGUGUAA